AUGGAUGUGAUUCAAUUCAUCAUUGGAGGUGAAGAAGCUGUUAUAGAGAUGUGUCCAUCUUUGAUUUACAACACUGUGAAGCAGAAAAUCGAAACCGAGGAAAUUCCAGGAGUAUCAUCUGGGAAAACUGAUGCACCUGAGAGUGAAGAACCUCCCGCGAAAAAACAAGAGAGUAAUAAGGAUAUUCCUGCAUGUUGUCGGUAUUGCAAAGCAAGUCGGCUCCGAGUGGUAAACAUCGAAAGUACGGGAAAGAGACUCCUCGAAUGUGCAAACCUACGUUGUCUGGCCUCAGUGGGAUACACUGAUCUACCAGUCGGGACGAUUAUAGAGCAAGAAAAAGCUACGAAAAAGAAUUAUGGUUGGUAUUUGCGGGACACUUCCGAGAUGUUCUACCCGUCAGCGAGUACAUUAGAGUUGUCUCCCGAUGCUAAGUUUGAGUACAUUCCGGAGGUGCUGCAGGACAAAUUACGAAGAGUAGUUGUUCGAUGUCCAGGUCAAAGAAGAUUAGUGCUCCUUGAAUAA